UACAUCAUAUUCGCUCAAAUUUGUUCAUUUGCUUCGCCAGUCAAAUCUCGUCGUCGAUUAAACCCUAUUACCUGCCAAAAACCUCUGAAACCGAUCAGCUAUGGCUUCCAAAGAUCGCGAUAACUUCGUCUAUCUCGCCAGGCUAGCUGAACAAGCUGAGCGCUACGAUGAAAUGGUGGAUACCUUGAAGGAUGUGGCAAAAAUGGAUUUGGAAUUGAGUGUGGAAGAGAGAAACUUGCUCUCUGUUGGGUACAAGAAUGUGGUGGGAUCUCGGAGAGCGUCGUGGAGGAUCUUGUCAUCCAUUGAGCAAAAGGAAGAGUCCAGAGGGAAUGGGCAGAAUGUUAAGAGGAUCAAGGAGUACAGGCAAAAAGUGGAGACUGAGCUUACCAACAUCUGCAAUGAUAUCAUGGUUUUGAUAGAUGAGCAUCUUAUCCCAGCAUGUACUACUGGUGAAUCAAAUGUCUUCUAUUAUAAGAUGAAAGGGGAUUAUUACCGGUAUCUUGCAGAAUUCAAAACUGGUGAUGACAAGAGAGAGGUUGCUGAUCUUUCACUAAAAGCGUAUCAGGCUGCUACCACUACAGCAGAGGCUGAUUUACCACCUACACAUCCCAUUCGCCUGGGUUUGACUUUGAAUUUCUCUGUUUUCUACUAUGAGAUCAUGAACUCCCCUGAAAGGGCUUGCCACCUUGCAAAGCAGGCUUUUGAUGAAGCAAUUUCUGAGCUGGAUACCCUCAAUGAGGAGUCAUAUAAGGAUAGCACCUUGAUAAUGCAACUUCUGAGGGACAAUCUUACCUUAUGGACCUCUGACAUCCCGGAGGAUGCUGAAGAUACCCAAACAGGGGAUGCUGCAAAAAAAGCGGGAGGAGCUGGGGAUGCAGAGUGAAGUAUUAAAGAUGAUUAGAACAUCACGUGUUUCUGGAGAAGGGGGUGGCUGAGGAUGCACCUGGCGAUGUAUGUCUUAAAACAUUAUAGAUAUCGACUGUCGUGUCUUGUUGUGACUUGUUUUGUUUUUCAUGUCGGAUGUUGAUAUAAGGUGUGUGAUUUGCUGCAUGCAUCCCCAUGCCUUUCCUCCUCGUAUAGUGUUUAGAAGAUUGGUUUUGGCCUAUAGGUGGUUUUAUUUUUUUUUUCAAAAGACUACCAGAGUCCAACUGAUCAUUUUAGCUGUUCGCAUGUUGUCUCAGCCUUAUAGUUCAACAAUUUCUUCUUCUCUUUUAUGAUAAUAAGUAGAGCACAAUUUUGGUUUUG